UCUCAUCACCCAAUCUAUGACAACUCAUUAUUGUGAUAUGAUUACCUAUGAUAUCUCAACCCCAAUCUAUGGACGUCUUGAUGCCACUUGUGUGGUCACAAAAUCCUGCAUCCAAGUUGGCGGUUUACGAAUGCGUUGAACGCGCCUCUCAUCGGUGUUCACCUCUUCCGUGGAAGCCUCCUGUGAUGCUUCAUGGUGGUGUUCUCUUCUACUAUAGGCUCAACAUGUUGGUUAUCUUCCAGCUGGAGAGGCCUCCUUGCUUUUGAACAAGGAAGCUCUUGUCAAGUAGAUAGCUUCGCAAGGCCCAGCGGAACAAGUUUCCUUGUCAACGGACUUCCUUUCUAUGCCAACGGGUUUAAUGCAUACUGGUUGAUGGACAAGGCAUUUGACCCUUACGAGAGGGAAAAGGUGACCUCUGCCUUCAAAGACGCCUCUAGUUAUGGACUGACUAUAGUUAGGACGUGGGCUUUCAGUGAUGGUGGAGGUAGGGCCUUGCAGAUCUCUCCCGGGAAUUACAAUGAGGAAAUGUUCAAGGCUCUAGAUUUUGUUGUAUCCGAGGCCAGCAAGUAUGGGCUCCGUCUCAUACUUUGCUUGGUUAAUAACUGGAGCGCGUACGGAGGGAAAUACCAAUAUGUUCAGUGGGCAAGAAAUGCCGGGCAGUAUGUGAAUUCUGAGGAUGACUUUUUCAGUAAUGAUGUUGUCAAGGGUUUCUACAAGAACCAUAUCAAGAAAGUUCUUACUAGGAUCAACACAAUAACAGGGGUGGCGUAUAAAGACGAUCCAACAAUAUUUGCAUGGGAACUCAUGAAUGAACCUCGCUGCCAAAGUGAUCUCUCCGGCAGAACCCUACAGGCUUGGAUCUCCGAGAUGGCGGCUUAUGCCAAGUCUGUUGAUAGCAGCCAUAUGUUAGAUGUGGGGAUGGAGGGCUUCUACGGAGAAUCUACACCUGAAAGAAAGCAAUUCAAUCCAGGUUACGAGGUUGGCUCAGAUUUCAUCUCUAACCAUCAAGUCCCAGAUAUCGAUUUCGCUACCAUUCAUGCGUACCCUGAACAAUGGGCUCCAGGCUUAAAUGAAGAAGGACAACAAGCUUUCCUUGAGAAAUGGCUCGAAUCUCAUAUCCAGGAUGCUGGCGAUAUACUUAAGAAACCUCUUAUUGUGGAGGAAUUCGGCAAGUCCUCAAGGGGAUCGGGCUUCACCGUGGGCAAGAGGGAUGCCUUUUACUCAACCAUCUACGACUCCAUCUAUGCUUCGGCCCGAGUCAGAGGCCCAGGUGCCGGUGGUCUCUUCUGGCAGUUGCUUGCCCAAGGCAUGGACGGUAACAGAGAUGGCUACGAGAUCAUUUUCUCUGAGUGCCCGGCCUCCACGGUGGAUAUCAUUUCUCAACAGUCUCACCGGAUGGCCGCCCUCAACAAUUAAUACGGAUGGACUACCGAGGCUGUUCUUCAUAAGUCCACGGGGGAACAUACUUUAUAUGCAACAAUAACAACACUAAAUAUUUGUCAAUAAUGAAGAAAUGAGAGAAGAACUCAUAUGGACUCUCGGUACC